CGCCGAGUCGCCCGACUGAGAGGAAUACGCCAGCUGCAUGGGAGGAGAUGAGUGUGGCGGGGAAGCAGCCUCCUCCAGCACCGCUCGAGCGGCCCGGCAGCCUCCUCGUCCCCACCUGGACUAAAACUGGUAUUGCAUUGUUGUAUGAUGAAGUAUCUGAAAAUGCUUAUGACAUCCGACUGAAGCUUACAAAAGAGGUAUUAACAAUUCAAAAACAAGAUGUCGUCUGUGUUAGUGGAAGUGAUCAGAGUGCAAAUAACUGUUACACUUCGUAGACAACCAGUUGGUGGCUUGGGCUUAAGCAUAAAGGGUGGUGCUGAGCACAAAGUGCCUGUCGUCAUAUCAAAAAUAUUUAAAAACCAAGCAGCUGAACAGACAGGAAUGUUAUUUAUAGGAGAUGCAAUAAUACAGGUUAAUGGUAUAAAUGUAGAAAGUGCUACCCAUGAAGAAGUGGUACACCUACUGCGAAAUGCUGGUGAUGAAGUUACCAUCACAGUUCAAUACCUCAGGGAAGCUCCAUCAUUUUUAAAGCUCCCAUUAGGUUCCCCUGGACCAUCCAGUGAUCACAGCAGUGGAACUUCAUCACCUCUCUUUGACAGUGGCUUACAUUUAAAUGGAAACUCAACUAACACGGCUCCAUCAUCACCUUCUUCACCCAUAGCUAAUGAACCAAAAUACGAGAAGCGCUGGCUAGACACCUUAUCAGUUCCUCUGUCGAUGGCUCGAAUCUCGAGGUACAAAACCGGAACAGAUAAAUUAAGAUCUAAUGCAUUUGAAGUGCUGGCACUCGAUGGAGUUAGUACUGGGAUACUUCAGUUUUAUACAGCCCAGGAGAGUGCUGACUGGCUGAGAGCAAUGUCAACUAACAUCAGUGAUUUGACACUUCAAAAUAUGAAAAUGGCAAAUAAAUGCUGUUCUCCCUCUGACCAGGUCAUACAUAUGGGAUGGGUAAAUGAGAGACUUGAAGGAACUGAUUCAUCUCAACUCUACAAAUUCAAGUUUCUGGCCCUGAAGGGUUCAUCCUUCUACAUUUUCAGCACUCCACCGGUGAGCACACUAGACUGGGUAAGAGCUGAAAAAAUCUAUAACCUCUGUGAGGUUCUAUUUAAAAUUCACAAGCUCUGGCUUGCUGAUGAUUGCUGGCUACAAGCAAACUUGUAUUUAGGUAUUCACCAGGACUUUGAUCUUGAAGACCAGAGGCCGUAUUGUUUCAGUGUUCUGGUUGGACAUGGCAAGAGCCACUAUUUCAACGUAGAGCUGGGCAGUGAAUUGGCAGUGUGGGAGAAAUCAUUCCAAAGAGCAAUUUUCUUGGAAGUUCAAAGAACGGGGUCUAAAACAUAUAUGUGCAGUUGGCAAGGGGAUACCCUGUGUUUCACAAUCGACUUUGCUCUAGGAUUUACCUGUUUUGACAGUAAAACAAAGAAUGUGCUGUGGAGGUUUAAAUUCUCUCAGCUCAAAGGCUCAUCAGAUGAUGGGAAAACAAGAGUAAAGCUGCUUUUUCAAAAUCUAGACACAAAACAAAUUGAGACAAAGGAACUUGAAUUUCAGGAUCUGACGGCAGUUUUACACUGUAUCCACUCCUUUAUAGCAGCAAAAGUGGCAUCUGUGGAUCCAGUAUUCAUAGACAGUCAGAGUAUUGCAAGAAAAUAUAUGUACAGUAACUGAUACUAGAUUAUAUGUUGUGACUAUGGAAAAUAAAUUAUUUUCUUAACAAAAGUAGUUAUUUCAUUCACGAUAUUGCAACUUGGUGAUUUUAUAAGAAGCCUAUAGUUGUGUUAUCUGUAAUGUUAAGAGUUUUCACAAUCUGAUAAAUAUUUUGAAUCUAUAAGUUAAAAAAAUACUGAGUCAAAGUUUGUUAUCUUCACCAUUGAUCGAAAAUUCCAAGUGAAUAUUCAUUCAGUAAUAUUUGUAGAGUCAUUUUGAUUUCUGCUCUCAUGAUGAUACAUUCUACCCUUUAUUACAUAGUAAUGUGGAGUAACAUUUGAAAAGUGUAUGUCCAAAAUUUGGCCUCUAAGUCUGUUUUAAAAAGUGUUGGGCAUACAGACAAUUCUACAGUCUUCACUGUAGAAAAGAAGUAAUUAUUGAAGACAACUGCUGGAGGAAUUGAACUUUCAUCUUCCUUCUAUAUCUUAGAAAAAUUGUAGUUUUGUGGUUGGGCUCUUUCAAGGCCUGAGAGUUUAGCUCUUGCAAAACACUAAAUACUCUAUUUCAGAUCUAGGAACAUAGCUAAGCACACACUUGGCUCUAGGAAUACUCAGUAGCCCCAGUGUAUUUGCAAGCUAAUUGUUAAGAGUGUAUUUAAGUAUCAACUGUGAAGAGCUUUAGACUCAGCUAAGAAGCCUGACUAUAGACACUUAGUUUUAAGAAACUUGACAUAGGGUUUUCUUAUCUUUUAAUAAAGCUUCCAUGACCCAUUCAUUUAUUCAUUAAUAGAUUGACUUGACACCUAUCCUUUGAUGUAAUGCUCUGUAUGCUUGGGAACAAUUUUAUUUGGAGAAACAAGCUUCCAAGAUAAGACGAACAUAACGAAACAUAAAUAUUUUUCUGAGACACCUGCCUUUCUUUAUCCUAUAGCUUUAACCUUGACUCUUAUGCAAGAAAAGUGAAUUUUGUCUGUGCUGAGGAAAAAAAUGUUGGUUUGUUUUUGACAUAUGCCUAACCUUCCUUCUGAAAUCAUAAUCUUAAAUGCACAGAUAAUUCCUCCUGCUAUUGGAAAAAUGAUUAAAAAAGAAGAUAUUUUAGUCUUAGGGUAUAUUCCCUGUAAGUGAUAGCAGAUAUUGCAGGUUUUUGUAAUAGAAGUUUCAGUUUUUCUCACUUGUACUUUUGAGGCAGCAUCAAGAAAAUAAAACAAUCAAAAUCAAACAAGUAUCUUAAGUAGAAGCCAUGGAUAAGGAGUGAAUUCAUCAAAGUCCUCCCUAAAUUUUAGGAGUCUUGUCAGGUGUCCUGAUAAAGUUACAGCCUAAUGUUACUGUAGGCUAACGAAAAGAGGUUGGUGCCUCUAAAACAUCUCAAGUGAGGUGUGUUUUUACAAAACUCAGUGCUUAAUUGUAGUCAGAGAAAUUCUCUCCUUCAGGUCUGAGCUGUCUUUUCAGACUGCAGUGGGGCACUUACUUCAAACAGAUGUGUCUGUGUCCACCUAAAGCUUGGGCACAAAUAAAGUGUCUGAUGCCGGUGAUUUAAUCCCUCCAGGAAGACUACUUGUUUCUAAGUGUUUUCCAUUGAGAAAUUAAUUUGAAUGGAGUGGACUCUGUUUGUAAUUCCAGCGUUGUUUAGGGUUCCAGUGUUGUUCGCAUUGAGGCAUGCUAAGUCCUGGUAAAACAGUAUUUAGCAAAUGUGAUAAAUAUUUUUAUUAUUUUUAAAUAAAUCUUUAUAGCCAUUAUUGUAUUUUAACAUACAUAAUCUCAAUUUUAUAAUAAUUUUAUUUCAAGAAAAUAAUUUUAAAAGUUUUCUUUUUCAAACAUGCAUGGUUUCAUUUAAUUGAAAAAUGAAACAAUGAAACAUUCAAAAUGUUUCAUUUAAUUCUCAGAUUUCUUUUUUAUUUUCAGCUCAUUGUAUUUACUGAAGUUUUAACAUUCACAAAUUACAGCAUUAACAUUAUAACAUCAUUCUUACAGCCAAUUCUCAGUUCAGUUUAUUAGCAUGAAUAAUUGGAAGCAUCACAGUUUCAGUAGGAUGAAGAAUUAUGGAAUUAAUUCAGUUUUGUUUUUCUAAUAUCUUCUCAUAGACAACGUUCAAUACUAACAUGCUAAUUAUAGUAGAAAACUGUACCAGCUAGUACUGAACUGGUACUACAGUCAGACAUCUAGACUUAAUGUUUAAAUAAUCAUGUGAUUAUAAAGUAGCAUAUCUCCCCAAAUACUGUAAUAAAACCUUAAAAUAAAUUAGGCCUAAUUUAUUAAGUAAUCUUUCAUUUCUACCAAAAAAAGUUCUGCAAUUCAAAAAGAGCAUUAUUGAUCUUUUUCUCCAAAGCAGCUGGAUAUUGCACUUUUUCAUUAGCACUUUCAAAUUUCUUAUAUGAAUUUGCUUAUGCUGAUUUUAAUUAAUUUUGUUAUUUGUUUAAUGGAAUUUCUAAAUUCUUUUAGUCUUUUGAUGAGCUAAUGUUUUUGCAACACAGAAGUUUUCCUCUGUAUGUCCAAAUCCAUCUCAAGGAGUAUUAGAGAAAAAAAUUCUCAUAAAUUCACCUGCUGAAAUUUAGCAUUGUAUUUAAGAAACAAUUCUCCAAACAUAUUUUUAAUGGGGAACUUGAAGAUCCCAAUUAGCUCACUUGCUUUUUCCUUUCUUUCACAUUCUGCAACACCCUGAAGGCCGGGACUAAAGGCCAGUUUUUUGAGAAAGUUGCCAGAGGUUGGGAAAAGCUAAUAAAUUGCUAGUUACUCAGCUAUUUUAUAGGCUGUGUAGGACUUCCAUAGCACCUUGUAUUUCUUAGUCAUAUACCUGAUAUUUGAAAAUGUUGCAUUCCCAAUUUGUUCCGUUGCUUAUGUUUCUUUGAUAAAUUUUUAAUCAUCAGUAAAGCAUAUUAGUUUGUCAUUGCCUUCAGAAUAUGGAUCAUAUAUCAUUAAUAUAUUUUUCUCUGUCAAUGUUUUGAGUGUCUGCACCACAUUUCAGUUGGCAAAACACCUCAAAAUAGGAAAAUAGUGGGAUUCACAAAUAGAUCUGCUGGUGGAUACCUUCCUCAGUCACCCCUCAGGAAUUGUGGGCUGAGGAAGAGGACAACUGCUUUAGGUAUUUCAAAUGUCAAAUAUUUAAUUUCUAAUGAGAUCAUAAAACAAAUUUUUAUAUUCUUUAUUACAUACUUGUGAUAUAUUAAGCUUUAGUCUUACCAUCUCAUUAUGUAUUUGUGUAUAGUUUUCCUUUAUAUUUUUCUAGGGUGACAAAGGCGUACCAGAAUUAAACAUGUAGUAAGAAAAGACAAACAUUUACUGAAGCAGCACCAUAAACAGCAAGCUGGGGAAGGAAGCAUACAAACAUAGUGUUAUAAAAUUGGGCCCCAUCACAAAAUCAAGAUAGCUGCUUGUUAUUAGAAAUGAGUGAAAACAGGACAGUCUCUGUAUGUCCAAAUUAUCUUUAUGCCUUCAUUGAAACUCAGGACUUGGUUAAAAGGCUAAAAAUAAUUCCAUCUACUGAAGUGAUUUUGAGCAAAUGGGUAGUAUUGUUGAUUUAAAUUAGAACAAGGCUCAUCAGUGACUUAUAAAUUAAGGAGGUGCACAGCCUAGACUUAGGCACUGGACUUGAAUGAUACAUGAUGAUUUGUUAAUAUAAUUUCUGGCAUUUUUUUCUCUAAUGUGAUUAAAAUCUGCGGAAAAAAACGUAUUCACAAUCAAGCUGAAGUCAGCUCGGCUCUGUUCUCAGUGCAUGGCAUGGUUGUGCUACCCUGUUGAAAACACCAAAGCAUUUAAUAGAGGGAAGGUGGCCAGGCUGUGCCAGAUGGCCCCAGGGAUAAAAAACAAGCUCUGACAAUGUUAGUUAUUAAUUUAGAUGUUACCAGAGCAUUUCAGGGACUUAAUCUGACCUAUAAUAUUUCUUUUUUUUUUUGCCUAUCAUCAUAAAGUCUGGGAGGCUGAGGCUGUGCUGAUCCAAAGCUCAACUUAGAAAUCUGACUGAAUUCUUCUAAGGUUAGGAUCUUAGAAAAAGUAUUUCAAAAUUAUUCUUAACCUUGAGCCAGUAGGCCUGAAGCUUAAAAAAUAAUUUUCUGUGGGAAGAAGACUAAGCUCUGCCAAAUUUUGCAACCAUUAAUCUAAAAUCCUGUAUUAUAUCUGAACUACAUUAAUUCAUAAGUAACUUCAGACAAAGGCAUGCUUUUUCCACAAAACCUUUAAUGUGUAAUCUGAUUUUUGCAGUGGGUUAAGCAGAAUUUAAAAUUGCCUGGAUUUCUGUUUAAGUACAUGUCCAUAAAUGCUUCUAUCAAAAUGCUGUCAGUAUUUUGUAACACUUUCCUGCCCACCUGAGUAUCUCCUCUUUCACAGUGCUCAAAGUGAGGUGUGUAUAAUGGCAAUGCCAUUUUUCUGCUUUUUGUUUACUUCUGUGGUUGAUUUUGUUUUAAUAUAGUUUGCCUGUGUCCCCCAGUAAGCUUUUUCAGAGCAGAGAGGGCGAAUGUUAGCAAGGAAGCACUUUUCUCCAUGCUCUCAUGAGAGGAAAAGUGGUGAUUUCUGUACCUCUUUCCUGCACAUGAGAAAUGGGAGAAAGCACUGAAAAAUGGAAGCAGACAGACAGACUGUGAAAUCUUAAAAAACUUCUUCACUAAGGUAUGCAAAACACCUCUUGGAACUCAUUUGACAAAUUUUUGGAACUUCAUCAGGAAAUUAAUCUUUCAGUGUAGUUCUCUGAAUUGCUAUUAUUGAGCUAUGGAUGCUGAAGAGUUAAAGACUGCAAAGCAAAAAUGUAAAAUGUAUCAUGUAAUUGUGUAUUUUUUUAAACAAUGCUUCAAAAUGUUUAGGUACUUUUGUGUUGAAGCAUGUAGAGAAGAAAUUAUCUUAUGUGAACUAAAGACCUUGUAGUAAAUUUAUUAAGUGCAAAACAGAUUUGUGUAGCAUGCAAGAUGAAAUCAAAUAUGUAUUCUAGUAUGGUUCAACCACAAAAAAUUCUUAAGUAAAAUAUUUUUAUGAAAUUUUUAGUUAUCGAACUCCAUGGACAUGAGCCAAAAUCCACUGCUGUUUUAAGUCCCAGUAAAUUCUACAGGACUUUGUCUGAAAUGAAGAUAAAUGAUUUUAAAUAAUAAACAGAGGAACCAAAAUGCUUUUCUUCUCUAAUAUUGCCCCAGUGCACAGCUGCCUACAUGUUCACUUAAAGGACUCAUUCCUACUGAAAAAACUGCUGACUUUUCAGUAGGGUAUCAAAACCAGAACUAUUUGGGCUGAAAGCCAUAAUCUUUUUUUGGAGCAGCUGUCACGAUGCCCUGUACAAGCUGCACUUAUGCGGGUAUUCCGACCUCUAGUUUAAAUGGACCACAGAUAUUUUUUCAGUGCAAAGACAUGAUCUAUUGUGCAAGUUUACACAUCAGGAGGUGGGAGUGGCAGAAGCAUCUCAGCUGCAUAGAUCUCUAGGAUUGCAAGACAACCAAGCAUGGAAAGGAAGUCAAAUGUAAGAACUUUAUUUUUCUUUCCUCACUGCCGAUUAUUCUUGGAACAUUAUUUCUGUUAUAUUUCUAGGCUAACUAACUGACUGUUUCUUACAAGUCUCUAAAUUCCCAACUAUGAUGGAAAUGUCAUACUCAGUAUUUAUUAAGGAAUUAAUGUUGAAAUUAGGUGUGCAGUCUUUGUUAAUCAUCUGGUCUCAACCCCAUAACCAGUGGAUAGAAACCAGCAAAUCUGAGUGCUUUAUUCCUUACUGCAAUAGAUGCCUAAAACUAGUGGAAUAAAUAAUGUUCUGAGAAGGCAUCUUUCUCCAUCAACAAACUACACUACCACAUAGAUUUUCGGCAGCUCAAUUUUCUAUAGAUAGGUUUGAUAUCAGAUUUAUGUACCAAUACAAUAAAAGUAGCAAUCAUGAGCAAUGUUGCAGGAUUAUGGGAAUAAAAUAAAACAAUGUGGAAGUGAUGAAAUUUAAAUCAGAAGUUUGUCAUCCCAUUUAACUGGCAGAGGGGAGAGAAGAAAAAAGUCUUAACCUGUUUUACCAGCUAGGAGUUACUACCUGGGGCAUAGUAGAAAAAAUUUCUAAAAUAAUACAGUAGAAAUUGUAUUAAUUCAUGGAUGAGUUCUGUGUCUCAGGAGAUGCACUGACUCUUGGAACACAGAGCUACUCAUAAAAAAAAUAUUAGAGACAUUCUACUGUAUCUCUAAGCACUUUGUUCAAUUAACAUUCAAAACUGAGCUAAAUUACUACUCUACAACAUUCAUAAGUAGAGUACAUAAUCAGCUCACUGUUUUCUUUUUGCACAGAAGACAGACAAGUAUUCCCUGGUGGAGUGAAUAUGAAUAUCAAAUUAGUUUUAGGGAUAAAACUUUCCCUGUCUUUUAAAGUAGAAGUCCUUUACUGAACCAGUGUGUUUUAUUGCUGGAUAGAACUGGAAAAAGCUGUUCUUAAAUUUUUCUCACUAAGACUUGGAGAAGUGCUAUCAUUUGCAUCUGUCUUGUACUCUAACCAUUUUCAAUACAAUGAAGAAUCUUUGGAAUAAAGGCAGAAACUUUUCUCAUUUGUCUAAAACUAAAAGAAUAGUGGCUUCCACAAAAGCCCCAGCGGUUAUUAGCACAUCAUGUUGCUGGAGAUAUAUUGAUGCUUUCACAGAACUCAAAGGAGGAAAUAUGUGCAGCCAAAGAGAAGUAGGAAACAGCAACAUCCAAAUGACUGCAGAGUUGAAUGUCACAGACAUUUCUGGGCUUCAAGUCAAUGAUUUUUAUCAGCAUUUGUAUUAUUAUUAUUAGAGAUUUAUUUCUCCCCAUCUCUGGGAUAUUUAUAGCAGGUUGAAAGGAAAAGCAAUCAGGUUCAUACCCAAGCUUAUAUUUAAUUUGCCCUUUACCUUCCUUUGGACCAAGGCACUGUGGAAUUUCAUUUAAAUCACUCCAUAUGGUAGGUAAAAAUGUUCUUAUGACAGCAUCAGAUUCUGCAUUCCUGUUCACUCAGAGUUAAUUUCUUACCAGUCCUGCAAAUAAUUUCCCUUAGUUUAUUUGCUUGUUGUAUUCUUUUGCACUUUAGAGUUUUACUAAUAGCAGAAAAUAUUCUUAACAUUCUUUUGUUUCAUUACAAUAUUUGUCACCCUAAUUCUAUAAAGCCAAGUGCUUCUAUGCCUUUUGUUGCCACUUAAACCAUUCCUAUUCUUUCAAUAUUUUUAAUUUUCUUUUAAUUUCUUAAUAAGUUUCUCACUCAGUAUUUUAUAUACUGUAGAGAAAUAUCUACAAUUGCAAUCAGGAAAUUAGCCCUAAAAAGACAGUUUCUGAAUGCUCAUAUGAAAAGGAUCUGACCAAGGUUUCUCUGCUGUAAUCAUGAAGAUUUUUUACUAAUUUUCUUCUUGGAAAAAUUUGAACUAUACUUCACUUUUGUCUGGUAUGUCAUACUAUGCACAGCAGUGUAGUAGGUCUUUCCCAUGCUAAUUAUUAUACAGCCUCCAACAAUAUGUGCCUUUCAUCAGUAGUAAAUCCAUUUAUGUUUCAUGCUUUCAUGUGAUUUUACUUAAUCUAUCUUAAAGACACAUAGAUUUUCUGGGGUUUUUUUCUUUAUUUAAAUAGCAUGGCCAGUCACCAAGUGGUUCUUUUCACUCAGAAUUGCUUAGCUCCUCUGCCUUCAAAGAAAAUGUUCUCCUAGUUUGACAUGACAUCUUUUGUUUUGUAACAAUACAGGCAAGUAGGUAAGGUAUUGAUGUUAUUUUUUUCAAUUAUUUUCAAUAAGCACAGUCUAUUCUCUACCAUCCGAAGCUGCACUACUUUCCCAAUAGGCUGAAAAUCCCUGUGUGGUAAACUGUGUCUAAGAGAGAGUCCCAUUUUUGCCUAAGGUUUGCUAAUCAGUUUCUUAAUUUUUAUUGGUGCAUUUUAAUCUGCAAUAAACACUACCCCUAGAUUUAUCAUACCACUGCCAUUUUAUCAAGGUCAUUUUUAUGAAAGGUUAUAUGUUGUGUUCAUUUGUCACAGCUCUUUAAAAAAAAAAAUCAAUCAAACUUUUUUCUUUUACAGGUACUAUUUCAUCUCUUGGUCAGAAAAAAUUCAAUUGCCUGAAAAAAAUCUCUGUCGUUCUCUCCAACAAUUUGCUUCAUUGAUGUUAUUUUUUUCUCUUCAUUUUCUUUUUUUUUCUUUUGACAAAAAAUGAGAAGAAAUUUAUAUGUGGAAUAAUAAGCUGCAUGCUCCAUCCUAUUUUUCUUUUUCCCACAUUCCUUUUUAAUCCUGACAUUCAAAAUACACCCAUAAUUAUGUCUCUGUGGCAGGAAAUCGCACCGUCCAAAAUCAAAAAAUUAAUAAUUGAAACUGUGUGAAAUAACCUCACAAGUACAUACAUGGGCAGGUUACUGUACAUUAUUGUUUGACACCAGAAUUUGGAAAUUGCCAGAACUGUGUGGAGCUCUACUUUAAUUAUCUGAACUGCAAAUAAAAUUCCAACUGAGGAAAUGGGUGUUUCAUUAAACAUUGCAAAAACUAGGAACAUUUCUAUAGCAUAAGGAAGAGGGGACAUUUUGGUAUCAGGCAUGUGGGUUUUUUUUAAUAUUAAAAUGUUUUGCAAACCAUGUGGAUAUAACUACCGAUUUGUGUCUGGCUGUUUUGUAUCACCUAGAAAAGCCAGGGACCCGUAAAAAGUACAUAGGAAGGAAUUUCCCAGAGAAAUUAAACUCUUCAGAAAAUUUCUUGUGUAGACGUCUUGUAUCUGUCAUUUUAAAGCAUCAUAUACCAGACUUUAAAAGCUGAAGUCUACCUGACAAUAUAACCCAGCAGCAUUCACGGUGUGCUACUUGCAAUUUGCAGACUGUGGGAUUUUCCAUCAGAGAUCAACUUCCAUCUAACAAAGAACAAGUAAAAGAUGUAUUUUAAACACCCACACAAAGGAUACAGAGCGUUUAACCAGGGUAGAGUCAUAGAGUCAUAAAGGUUAGAAGAGAUCCCCAAGAUCAUCAAGUCCAGCUGCCCACCCAACACUACCACUGUAACCACCAAACCACAUCACACAGCUCCAGGUCCAGACGCCUCUUAUAAACACCUCCAGGAAUGGUGACUCCAUCACCUCCCUGGGCAAGCUAUUCCAAUGUCUGGCCACCCUAACAAUGACAUUUUCUUUUCUAAUAACUAAUCUGAAUCUCACCUGUCUCAGCUUAAGGUCAUUUCCUCUUGUCCUCUCACUGCAGGCACAGCAGAAGAGACUGACCCUCACCUCACUGCAACCUCUUCACGGAGUUGCAGAGAGUGAUGAGGUCCCCCCUGAGCCUUCUCUUCUCAAGACUAAACAAAAUUAGCUCCCUCAGCUGUUCGUCACAGGACAUGUUCUCUAGUCCUUUCAUGAGCCUUGUUGCCCUUCUCUGGACUCAUUCCUGUACCUUUGUGAAAUGAGUGGCCCGAAACUGGACACAGUACUCAAGGUGUGGCCUCACCAGUGCUAAGUACAGAGGGACAACCACUGCCCUGGCCCUGCUGGCCACGCUGUUAAUACAGGCCAGGACUCCAUUGGCCUUUUGGCCAUCUAGGCACACACUGGCUCAUGUUCAGCUGGCUGUUAACCUGCGCCUCCAACCCCCUUCUGCUGAGCAGCUCUCAAGUCACUCCUCCCCCAGCCUGUAGCACUGCAGGGGGUUGUUAUGACCCAAGGGCAGGACUCUUCCCCUUAUUGAACCUCCUGCAGUUGUCCUCAGCCCAUUAAUGGAGUCUGUCCAGGUCUCUCUGUAGAGGCUUCCUGCCUUCCUCAAUCAGAUCAAUGCUCCCUCCUACCCAGCUUGGUAUCAUCUACAAAUUUACUGAGGGUGGACUCAAGCCCAAUGUUCAGGUCUUCAAUAAGGAUGUCAAACAGGGCCGGCCCCAAUACUGAGCCCUGGAGAACACUGCCAGUGUCAGCUGCCAGCCAGAUUGAGCUCCAUUCACCACAGCUCUCUGGAUCCAGACAGACAGCUUUUACUCUUGGAAGACCCUACCCAUCCAAGCCACCAGCAGCCAGUUUUUCGGCAAGGAUGCUCUAGGAGAUGGUGUCAAAAAACUUCACUGAAGUCUAGACUACAUCCACAGCCUUUCCCUCAUCAAUUAAGCUGGUCAUUUUGUCAUAGGGGAACAUCAGGUUUGUCAAGCAAAACCUUCCUCAGGUGUUGAUAUAACUGUAGUUAUAUCAACAGAUAGAUAUAUGUGAUAUGUUGUAUGUUAUAUAUUAUUUAUUUAUAUAUAACAUAUAUGUGUUAUAUAUUAUAUAUCUUAUAUAUUAUAUAUUUUAUAUAUGUAUAUAUAUAUAUACAUUUUAUAUAUAUAUAUAUAAUCGUCUGUGAACUCUAGUGAGUGAGAACAGUGAGAAUCCAAACUGUUAGAUGCCCGUGGGGGUUUCUUCACAGGAAGCUCAAGAAACAGGGUUCCGUAAUCAACUUCUCCCUUGCUGAGCAGGUCUUGCAAUGGGAAUUAGAUCUAGCAGUUCUACUAUUAUGUGUAAGUGAUUAUUUAAAUCACCCUAAAUGAAAUUUGCUAGUUUUACAACAGUCUACUCACACUAGGCUCUCACUUUUAAUUCUUAGACCUUCACAGUUGUUUACUGAGCAUAUUUCAGUUAAUAACACCAGCCGGCUGGGAGUGUGCAUGUAAAUGAUUGCUGUGCCUCAGUGGAUGAGUGGAAAUCGUCAUUAAGCUGCAAUAGCUUGAUUUCCUACAGUUGCUUAUUUGCGUAUCCAUCCUUGGACUUCUCAGGUCAAAUAGGUUAGCCCCACUAGAAGUGUGCUUCAGUGGUGGGUUUGAAAUUAAAUUAAAAAUAUAAUAAUUUUUCUGCAAAAUAUUCCUUAGUGUGGUGAGUGCAAGCAAGUAGUUGCAUUAAGAGUAGAAGAAAUUAAGCACAUUUGAUGUACUUGAAAAGUCUAUUGAAAUCCAUCUUUAGGUUUUGAAACUUGAAGGAUUUCUAAUCAUAUAAAAAUGAGCUGUUUUGUACUCAUGGCAACAUAAUUAUGAAGUGUAGGAAAGUGAUACUUCAAGUUGUAGUAUUGUCACAUUUUCAAAUGUGAGAGGUCAUUCAGAGCACCUGUUUGUUCAGCUGCAUCAUUGCUUAUGUUUCUCUCUUUAAAUGCAUGCCUGACUCAUUUGUGUCGUUAUCCAGAGCCAUCGCCACUUACUCCUGGAGGCCCUUCAUCCUGCUCAUUCCUAUGUUAGAAAGCAAAGAGCCACCAUUUCUUAGAUGCAUUUUGUCUCAUAUUUUUGAAAGUGAGGAAGUUUUAUGUUUAGACAUAGAAGAAAAAUGCUUUCCUUCCCUUUAUCAAAACUAAAACACAAAAAAAAAAAAAAAAGAAAAAGAAAAGGAGGCAAAUAUUCUUUUCCAACCCAAAUGGUUCCUAUGUUUCUAAAAGCUAUCUUAAAGGGAGGGAAAAACCCCUUCAAUUUAGCACAGUGUUCCUAAAUAUUUUCUACGUUCCCCGAAGCCUCCAUGAAUUAGUCAAAUGGAAUUACAAGCAGUUUAAAGGUGCUAGCAAGCAUGGCCUCAGCCUGUCUUCUACACUCACAGGGUGAAACAAAGGUAUGAUUCUCAACUCUUACUAGG